UUCAAUAAUACAUAUUAUGGUCUCUUUAAUCAACUUUUCCUUUUGUAAUAGUAAAGUGUUUUUUUAAACUUUAAUAGCAUGAACCACUCCUCCCCUCUACCCUUCCAUCUACAAAUCUUUGUCUAGUGUUAUUAGUGGAUUCCUACAAUUAGAUACAUAAUUGAUUUGAAGCUACCACUGCUCUAUUGAGACCUUUGUUGCACAAAAAAAUAGUCAUUUUCUAAAUGAAGGAAUGAAAAAGGCAAUGGGAACAAAACCUAUCUAUGGAAAAUGGAAAAGUGGAAAGGAUGGUAACAAUCAAAUUCACAAGUAAAUGUUUAGGCUGGGAUUUUAUGGAGGGUGUUUUCUUAAAAAAUAGAGUUGGAGUUUGGUGUUUCAUGAAUUUCUUGAUGUAUUUCAACUUAAAAAUUUAACUUUAAUUUGGUGGUCUCAUGAAUUUUGUAUGUGCAUAAUAAAAACAAAUAAAAUAAAUUUACCUCUUUUUCACUUCCUCAAAUUCGCAUGCCUAAAAAGUAGGGGCUUCUAUUUUUUUAAAAAGAUUCCAAACCUGUCUAACUUCAUGUCCCCCAUGUCCCCAUGAGCACCAACUGAUUUUUAAAAAAGAUGACACAUGGCUUCAUCAAAUCUUUUUUCUUUCCUUUUUAAUUUCCUUAAAUUUUGCUUUUAAAUUUUAGUAAAAAAUAUUAUUAAAAAUUUCAUUUAAAAGUGUCAUUUAAGAAGACUCCUUAAAAAUAAACUUUCAUUAAGUGUUUUAAACUUUCUAUAUUUGCUUGUGUCAUUAAAUCUUAUUCACAGUAUAUAAAUAUGUGGAUAACAUCUAUUGGCACAUGUGGUUAGGAUUUAUUCAACUUGCCCCAUCACAAAGCUCGAAUUUGGAAUAGGGUUUAGAAAAAUUUGGAAUAGGUUUUAGAAAAAUUUGGAAUAGGGUAUAUUCUGUGAAGAAAGUUUCCCUCUAAUCAAGAAUGUAACGUACCUGCUGUCCGUUUCUUGCGUUUUUCGAAAGAUAUGUAUUUAAUACAGAACAGAAAUCACUAAUUCUAUGCUUUGAUCUUAGGGAAUUUGGUGUGUUUAUAGGGUUUUGAAUUUACUUGGAAGAAAUGGAGAUUGAAGACACAAUUCGUACAGUUAUCGGUAUCAUAGGGAGUGUGACUUCAAUUCAUAUAUUUCUCUCUCCAGCCUCAAUAAUUAACGAGAUCUGCAAAUGGAGAAGCACGCUACGGUAUUCAGGGUUUCAAUAUCACAUGAAGAUUCUGAUUUGUGCACUGUCGGUUUUGUACGGUUUGCCUUUUGUAAAACCGAAUAGCAUAAUUGUGUCUAACAUAAAUGGCAUAGGUCUUGCCAUACAUAUAAUGUACAUCACCAUGUUUUUGAAAUUUUGCAAAGAUAAAGAGACAAGGAUGAUCAAUAUGGUGGUGAUUGUUCUCAUAACUUUGUUUUUGGCGGCUGUUGCGCUUUCCUCUCUUUUGAUAUUUCAUACUGACACAGAGCGAUACACAAUUGUAGGGGCCAUUUGCAUUUUCUUUAAUGUCUUAAUGUGUUCAUCUUCAUUGAAUGUCAUGAGAGCAGUUAUUCAAGAGAAGAGUGUGAUAUAUAUAAAUCCCUACCUGUCUCUUACCGUGCUUGCCAAUGGAUUAAUCUGGAUUGCUUAUGGAGCCAUACACUUUGACAUAAUUAUUGUGCUUCCAAACGGAUUGGAAGCUGGUUUUGCAGCAUGUGAGUUGUUUGUCUACGCCGUUUAUUACAGUAGAACACAAUUUCCUGAUGAUGAUCAGAGAGCCGCCAUUGAGAUGAACAACUCUGGAGCUGGACUAAAAAUUAUUAAGGAAAAAUUGCAUUAAAGAGGCAGGAUGUUUUUGUUGAAGUUAAUUUGCUUUCAGACUGGAUACUUCAAAAUUUAGUCCAGAUUUUGUAGACAGCUUUGUUGUUUCUAAGGCAUGAAAUGGG